AUGGCGAGUAGCACGCGACAGCAGGGGGCGGGAGGAGUUGAGCAGCGACUCGCGACGAACAGUCGCAGCAGCAGCAGCAGGAGCACAGCAGCAGCAGAAGCAGCAGCAACACAUUGUUUGGGCGGAGGAGACAGAAGAGGGCGCGUGCGAGCAGCAGCAGCAGCAGCAGCAGCAGCAGGAAGAGGAGACGAAAGGCAGCAGAAGAUGGCGGCCAGCGACUUUAAACUCUUUGGCCGGUGGCCCUAUGAUGAUGUGAAUGUCUCUGAUCUGUCUCUUGUAGAUUAUCUCGCUAUCAAGGGGAAGGCAGCAGUACUUACACCCCACACUGCCGGAAGAUAUCAGAAGAAACGCUUCCGCAAGGCGUUAUGUCCUUUGGUUGAGCGUCUAGUGAAUUCUUUGAUGAUGCACGGCCGCAACAGCGGGAAGAAGUUAUUAGCAAUCCGAAUUGUUCAGCACGCCUUUGAUAUUAUUGCUCUUAUGACAGAUAAGAAUCCCCUCCAGGUACUGGUGCAGGCAGUGGAGAGAGGAGGACCCCGCGAAGACUCAACGAGAAUAGGCAGUGCAGGUGUGGUGAGGAGACAGGCGGUUGAUGUGUCUCCUUUGCGCAGAGUAAAUCAAGCUAUAUACCUUAUCUGCACAGGAGCAAG